AUGGAGCCUGAUUACAGACUCAUGCCGACGUACGUUUCCAUCACCUAUCGAUGUCCGCGUGAGGGAAUAGCCCAAGGACAGUUCAUCGAAGGAGUAGUGCGGGUAAGGCCAGACUACGUGUCGGAAAACGUUGGCAGCAUCGUCGUCUGGCAGAAGUCGCAUGCCGGAGAGUACUUAAUCCCAGUCAGCCUGUUGGCUACGAAUAUCCGUUGAACCUACUCUCGUUUGAUUUUCAACCAUUGUCAAAAAUAGUUUGCGCGACGAGACAUAUGCUCUACGGAAUGACCAUCAAAAAGGCUGUGAUCGCCAAAACGGAUUUUUUCACUCUUUCAAAAUCUUGUCCCUUGUAGAUACCGCGAGGCGCGCAUACCGGUUUACGUUCGGUCAGUGGAGAUGGAGAUGUGGAAAGAGGGCGACCCUUUUCCAAGCAAGAACUACUCUCAGUUGGGCACGGAAGUUCCGAUGAAUAACCUGCGAGUGAACCAGCUUCCGGCAAGUGUUCCGCCUCAAUUUCACCGGUCCGACAGUAAUUGGAUCGGUAUGCAGCGCGAGAUCAAGUUUUCGCUCAAUAAAAAGGUCUGUCGAAACGCGGAAGUGCUGCCGAAGGACGGCAAAAGGCCAGAUAAGCGCGUUUACUCGAAGGCGAAAACGGCAACGGUUGGAGCCCAGCCGCGGGAGCGCGCGAGUGUCACUAUGGGCAAUGCGGGUCCAAAGAGCGCGAGUUUUCGAGCACAGUCAGAGAUGAAAACCUUCAACGAGAAGGGCGCGCAACAGCCGCAGACGUUUGGUGGCAGGCAGCAGCCUUUCUUCGGGGAUAAGGAUGGAGAUCAAGCGGAUGGUGGAGGUGAUGGUGAUCGGUCUUCAAACGCAGUGAACUCUUCAGGAGGAGGUCUUGGCAGACGGCCUGCGUCGGCACAUCCAGGGGCAGGAGUCGGCGGCUUGAUCCGCUCACGCUCGACACCGGGUAUCGCCAGACCUGUGCUGUUUGGGAAGGCUUUCGCAAUACCGACGCGGCAUUACGUACCAGACGCUGAGGAAAAGCCAGCAGAAGAAAAGAAGCCACCUAGUCGGGUCUCAGCAUGGCAAGGUGUGCCUUUGUUGCGGCUUGCGCCCAUGACCUCUUUAGAGCGGGAACGAAUGAAAGCCCGUAGAAACGACAGCUGCCUGGCGCGUGACCGCUUAAGAAAUCGAGGUGCAGCACAGCAGAGCGGGCAACAAUACUAUCCCCAUUAUGGCAUGAAUGCAGAUUAACAGCCACGGUUUUAGUUUUCUUCCUGCGCUUGUAGAAGUAAUUGUUUCUGACUUGAUUCUUUGAAACUGUUUUGUCUGCAUUGUGUGUGCACGAAAAGUUGUUAUGACGAUCUCUAAGUCAGAGCAGUUGGGUCAUCAGUAGAUCAGGACGCUGCUUCGGACGCGAACACGCAUCCGAGCAACCACGCGGAAACGUCUGAAGAGGAGCGACGACGGCAGGCCUUCGCAUGGAAGAAGGAUGUAGAUCACGAGGAGAUUCAACUGCGGAAGAUAUUGCCCGACACGUCGGGGCGCGUCUUGUACUACCCGGACAUGAAAAGAGUGGACCAGAUUAUCAAGGACAGCGACGCCUCGAUGUCGGAUACGGAGUUAGGUGGCAGUAAGGGAUCCUCCAAUCGGGACGGUCCGCAAGGCGGCCAUCGUCGGGAAUGGGGCUACGUGCCUCCGCACCCGGGAAACUUGAAAAAGAAACGUCCUAGCACCGCGGGCGCAGUUCCGACAAUACGUGCGCGGUCAGGGAGUGCAAGCCACCAAAAUUCGACAAACUCUCAACAUGGACCACUCGCGUUUUACAACGGAGACGAGGGUUCCUCCGGUGCAGAACUGGAUGGUGCAGAACUAGAUGGUGCUGUCGCUGAGCGUCAGACGAGAUCAUCUUCAUCAAGCAGGAGAUCGUCCUCACCUAUGAAAACAGGACAUCAAGAAGGUCUUCCUCCUCAAACAGGCGACGGCGUUGAUCCGCGGAAAAGCAGUUGGAAUAAAGAUUCGCCAACCAAGCUUUUGAUUCUGAACGACAAUAGCGUGGCCACUGCGUCCGAGGAAGCAUCGGCGGGACCAGAGGAGGUUUUUCUGUGUCCACCACCAAUGCACGGUGGUGGCGGAACGGGAGCGACGCGAAAAAACGUUCAGUUCCAUGUCACAGAUUCUCAAGAUAGACCACGCCUGUGAGAAAGGCAGACGCGCGUCAUGCGUUGCGCAUUAAGCAUUUUCACUCCCUCGUUCGACUAUGAGACUAUACUUCAUCUUCCCGCAAAUAAACAUCCAUCAUGUAAAUUUCCACACGUUAACCAAAAGAAUAAUCCCAUCCAUUUAUACGUUGACAGAGUACCACGAUAAGCAGAACUAUGAUUUUGAUGCAUAAAAUGCAUGUUGUCUUUGAUGACUUCGCGAUACAUUUUGAGCUCAUGCAUACCAUAAUUGGGAUACUCACUUGUACAAACAUCUUCUGUAAAUUGCGAGAAUGAACAAAACUAUCACCUGAUUUAUUAAUUCAGACAAAAAUAUUUAGUUCCUGAGAACAGCUAUGCAUACACUAUACUCAUAUCAUUUCAUACGCGUAAAACUCAGUUUUGGACACAUGUUACAUAGAUUGUAGUGAAGAGGUUGUGCAUCUUUUCUUUUUCGACGAGUCUAACUAUCUAUUUGAAGUAGUUGUCAUGCUAACGACAAAUUGGUUGUGUGUUUUUCCUUAAUGGACAUCGGACAAAAGUUUCUGCUUUCUGUCGUUUUUUCAGGGCGAUUAGAAAAAGUAUUAAUCUUUCAGUUGCACGAGACAUUCUGAGAGCAAGGUUUUGCGUCCUUGGUUUUGCGUGAAGUCAAGUCAAGUUUGAACAGAAACAGAGGCUAGAUAGAGUAAGCUUAUCUUGAGAGUUAAUGCACAGACAAAGUACAACCACAGUGCGACUUGGUAAGUACCUCAU